UGGAUUUUGCCUGACUACCGAGGACAUGCGCGCUGAACGGGGGAGGAGGUGUAACAAAGACAGACUGCCUGCUUCUGAUGUUUUGACUCCAUGAUUACUCAAUUAUGGUGCGGAAUUCUCAUUUUCUAAUUGCUUGUUCUUGUAGAAAAGGAGGAAAGUGAAGAGGGGAUUUUUUCCCCCUUUUACAUAGGCCUACAAGAAAAUAAUUUGACACUUUUUGUUGUUUUGGAGCUUUUAGUUUCUUACAGACUCAGAGUGUUAUUAUUAGAUAUUUCUAAUAAUUGCUCGCCCCUGCCGCCACCCUGAAGUUCAUUGUCAUUAUCUUAGCCGCCGGGAUGGUGGCCUUCAUCGGAGCGGUUAUCUGCAUCAUCGCAGCAGUCCACACCGGAUCCUCCAGGGCUGCCGCGACACAACAGCAACCAGCAACCGACAACCACUCGCUUUAUCCGGACGCGGCGGCGCAGAGCCCCGGCGCGGGGAGCUCCGUAGCCAGGGUGGGAUCUUUGGGCGCUCUCCAUGGUUCUGAAACGCCAGACUCAGAAGCACCAACCUUCAACAUCGGGCUAGGCGGGCUGGACGGGGUCACUGGACUGACCGGGCAUGACCCAACGGUCAGUCGACUCAUCUGCACGCCGAUCCCCGCCGGGGAGUGCAACCCGAAAAACUUUCAGCAACAAGCGGAUGACCCGUCGCUGUACGCGGGUGAAGAUUGGGGCUACCUCCGCACCACCGCGGAAGAGCUCCGGCAGACCGUUCUGCAGCAAAAGGACCAGAUAUUAACAGACCAACGGACCAUCAGAGAGCUGACUGGGAAGUUGUCGGAGUGUGAGAAGGGGAUGGACGGCAGCAGCAGCCGCGCAGACAGACGCGGAGGUGCUGCGGGGCUGUGGGGGGGCAAAAGCACAGCGGAGGAGACUCACCUGGAGCGGAUCAUGGUGCGGGACAGCCCGGCAUCGACGCCCGAGAGUGCCCACUUGCUCACCGUCAGGGCUGUGGAUGAACUGGAGCAGGCUAUCACUCAGCUCAAAGACCGCAUAGAGAAACUGGAGUCAGACAUUGGCCCAUUUCCUCACAACCAGACGGACAGCAACACCUCAGGAGUGCCAGAGGAAGGCGGGAUGUCUGGCGGCCCAGAAAGGUUGACUAAUCCUGGGCACAGAGCUGGUGCUGACAAGGCCUCGAGGAUGGAGGACUUGGAGGGGGAGCUGGAGAGGAAGGUGGAGCUGCUGGACAAAGAGAGAAAAGCCCUGAGGCUGGAAACAGAGAAAAACAGACAGGAAAUCGACCGGGGCAUCAAUAAACUACACCACCGACUCUCAGGACUGGAGGAAGGUAUCUCAGGGCAUUCUUUCCCAGAGGGCUACAGAUUGUCCUUCCCAACUCGUACAAACUACAUGUACGCUGUUGUGAAACACUCCAUCCCAAUGCUGCGGGCCUUCACCAUCUGCCUGUGGCUGCGGCCGGCAGAAGGAGGAAUCGGGACACCUCUUUCUUACGCUGUUCCUGAGCAGCCCAACGAACUGGUGCUGCUGCAAGGCCUGCAUAGCCCCACUGAGAUGCUCAUCAAUGACAAGGUGGCGCAGUUGCCUCUAAAUCUCUCCAGAGGCAGCUGGCAGCACAUCUGUGUGAGCUGGAGCCAGAAGGGAGGAGCCUGGCAGGCCUACCAGGGGGGAAAGCUGAGGGGCGAGGGUCACACACUGGCAGCGGGACAUCACAUCAGACCCGGGGGAGUGCUCAUACUGGGGCAGGAGCAGGAUUCCCUGGGUGGAGGUUUUGACUCAUCCCAAGCCCUGGUUGGAGAGUUGUCCCAGGUGGGUCUUUGGGACCGGGUCCUGUCUUCUAGCCAGGUGGCAAACUUGGCACGCUGUGGCAGAGUAACCCAGGGCAGUGUGGCUCCCUGGAGCGAGAACGGAGUCGAGGUUUAUGGUGGAGCAACCAAGGACCCGGGGGAGCCUUGUAGUAAACACAACAGGAGUUCUCAAUGACCGAUGGGGGAAGGCUUUGAGGAAAGUAGAAGUGAAGAAGGGUGGAGGGAGGGGUAAAGUUGUAGCGCAUUCAAGAAAGUAGAAUUUCCUCUGCCCAGGAUCCUGUAGCAGUGCUACAGGAUUUUCUAAACAACUCUAUGCGGCAUGGACUAACAAGUAUGUAGGAAAUGGAAAACGAAUGGUAUUUAUUCAUAUGACCUGGAUAGAGGCUUUGCAGUUACUUCAGCAAACUUCUAGCAACCACAGCCGAUGUUAUCAUCGAGGUCCACUGGUGAACUGUGCAACACAAGAUGAGAUUCUUCAUAAAUUUAGCUGUAGUAUGGAUAUAGAUCAAAUUUUGUAAGUUACAGCUCAUACUUUCUGUGUUGGCAAACCAGCUAGCGGUCUAAUUAUUGAAAACUAAAAAUGUUAAUUUUAACAUAAGUAUACUAGCAAACAAUUGAACCCUCUCCUAACUAUUAAUUUGUGAGCAAAGGUGAAUUAAUAUGAUUAGCUAGCUAACAAACUGCCAUUAUCUAACAUGUUGCUUAAACAUUGCUUUCUUGAAGAGAGUAAGAUGGAAUACCACUCUUCACAGCAGCUGGUUAUAGUAAUCAAGCUUAGCAUAAAAUUAAAAACAGGGGGCAAUGGCUAGCCUGGCUCUGUUCAACGGUAACAAAAUCCAAACAAGACGUGUUUAUAAGCGAGCUUUAGAGGUGAAAAUUUGUUACCUUUGGACAGAGCCAGGCUAUCUUUUAGCCCAUUACCAGUCUUUAUGCUAAGCUAAGUUAGCCGGCAGCUGGUGGUAGCUUCAAACGUACAUGUGAGUGAUAUCAAAAUUCUGAUCAAACUCUCCGCAAGAAAGUGAAUAAAUGGUUUUCCCAAAAUUUUGAACUUUUCCUUUAAACUGAUCAGAUUACUGGAGAUGAUGCCAUUUAACAGCUAAAACUUUGCAGAAAUCACCACUGUCUAUUUAUCCUGUUAAUCCUGGUUGUAAAAAACUCAAAGAGUUGACCUCCACUAUGGCUGCCAGAAGUUGUGUCAAGCCAGCUGAAAUCCCUCCGUGAGAGCAGUAGGGUCGGAGUGAAGUUAAUUAAGGGCUGCGACAGCUUUAGAGUCUGGAGUCAAUGUAAGGUGAUGAAAAAUGUUGGGGGAAGUGGUGGGAAUAUUAAGUAGUAGGCUAGAUGGCAGCAAGGAGUAGAUGAUGAAAGAGAAUGCAAAGAGGGAGGAAGGGCAAAAAAA